AAACAUUCAAAAUUCAGUCACACGAAGCAAAUUUCAAGCAACAUCUUUGGCGCAUUUCUGUGAAACAUGUCAGUGGCACAAUUUUGGUGAGAAAAAAAGAUUCGCGUGCGUGCGACGUGCGGAAGUUUGGGGUGAAAAAGAGCAUCUGGAAAGUCUUGUUUUCCCACGAAAACCCCAUUUUAGGCCUCCAACGAAUGUAAAUAAGCAAAAAAGUGCCGAAAAACGACAUUUCUGUUUUUUCUUGGAGGGAUUUUUUGACUUUCAAAAAUCUCUUCGUGUCGCAAAGAAAAAAUCUUAUCGAACGAGAUUUUUUUCGGUGGAGGAAAGAAUUAUUAAAUUUUUAUAGCUGUGCAAAAACGAGUUUUUAAGACUUUUCUUGCGGUGCUAUUUUGUGAAUGAUAACGUGAAGAUGGGUGAUAAGAAAAAACCCGGGUACAUCAAGUAUCUCUUUGGCGGCCUUUCUGGCAUGGGUGCCACAUGCGUGGUCCAACCGCUAGAUCUCGUGAAGACACGCAUGCAAAUCCAGGGCGAAGGUGGAACAGCACGCGAGUACAAGACGUCCGUUGAGGCAUUCACUGGGAUCCUCAAGAAGGAGGGUGUGUCGGGGCUGUACAAAGGCAUCGGAGCUGGUCUCCUGCGUCAGGCCACGUACACUACAACGCGUCUUGGUGUCUUUACGGCACUCAAUGAGAAGUACCGACAGAGUCAGGGCAAAGGUCCCGGAUUAUUUGCCUCAAUGGGCAUGGGAAUGGUUGCUGGAGCUACGGGAGCUUUCGUUGGCACACCGGCGGAAAUCUCCCUCAUCCGUAUGACGGCUGAUGGGCGUCUUCCACCGGCUGAGCGACGGAAUUACACGAGCGUCGUUAACGCCUUGUCGCGUAUUGCACGCGAAGAGGGCAUAAUGGGACUGUGGCGUGGGUGUAUUCCAACCAUGGGGAGAGCCAUGGUGGUUAAUAUGGCACAACUGGCUUCCUACUCACAAGCCAAGCAGUACUUGCUGUCCACGGGGAAGUUCACUGAAGGCAUUUUCAUGCACUUUGUCGCCAGUAUGAUUUCAGGCUUUAUAACGACUGCAGCAUCAAUGCCAGUGGACAUUGCCAAGACACGCAUCCAGAACAUGAAGGUGGUGGAGGGAAAGCCAGAGUACAAGGGUACAAUUGACGUCCUGGUCAAAGUCAUUCGUCGUGAAGGUUUCUUCGCCCUCUGGAAAGGCUUCACACCGUACUACGCGCGUCUCGGUCCCCACACGGUGCUCACCUUCAUCCUGCUUGAGCAGAUGAACCUAACCUACAACCGAAUGGUCCUGGGUGAAACAGGUGGCUCAUCAGGGCUCUAAAUGUGCGUCUUUUCUUCUUUAUUGUUGCAUUCUCUGAAACUUCCCGAUUCUUCUCGCAUUUCGUUACUAUUUCUUUCUUUUUUCUUCUUCUCAAAUAAAGAUUUAUUUUUCUAAUAUAUGUAUAUUUCUUCAAUAUUUUUUUUAACUAUGCGCUCAAGAGCCUCUUAAAAAGGGACCGAAAUAGGCAGCAAUUUGUUUUUGUAAAUUGAAUUACCUCGAAAUGAACAUUCGCACGAAGAUUGAAACCCAUCAAAGAUGAGACAAUUCCUUUAUCAGAGACAAUAUCAAAUGUUUUAAGAAAAUCAUUUUGUAUAAAAAACAAAUCUUUGUAAAAAAUGUUGUGCAAAUAAAAGCGUUGCGAUUAUUAGAGAAACUCUCACAAAAA